AUGGGAGAGAUAAUUACUUUAUCAUAUGGACUGCUUUGUAAUAAUACUGUCACUCACUUGUACAACACCCAAGAAUCAUUGAUAUCAUACAAACCAUCGUCAAAAGCAAAUCAUGAUUUACAGGUAUUUCUAACUCGAUAUAAAUCAACGUCAGUCAGUUAUUCACCAAGAGCAUUGAUCUAUGAUUUACGAAAUGGAUUAGGGGCAUUGAAUAAAUACGAGUAUCACGAACCAUUACCCGUUGAUUUUAAUUUAUCAUUAUUAACUACCAAUACAACAGCAUCAGCAUCAGCAUCAGCAACAAACAAUUCAUUAGAAUCAGGGUAUAAUUUGAAAAAAGCAAGAGUUGAAAAAAAUGAAUACCAACAGAAAUUGGAUCAGGGGAUAACUGAUGGCUCGUUAUUAAACGUUAACAAUACUAAAUAUUGGACUGAUUACAAUAAACUAAUAUAUAAUCCCAAGUCGUUAACCACUGUCAAUAAUUUUGUUCAUAAUGAAAACAACCAUGAAUCGGGAUAUCAUUAUAAUUUUGAUAAUUUAAAAUAUGAUUUAUUUAAUAUCGGACAAGAAGAAUUUAAAGCAUGUAAUAAUGACAAUAAUGGUCAUGGCUUUGGUGAUGGUGAUAGUAAUAAAUUGAUAGAGAAUUUUCGAUAUUUUCUAGAGAAAACUGACAAGUUACAAGGAUUACAAUUGUUAACCAAUCUUAAUGAUGCAUGGGGAGGAUUUACUAAUGAGAUGUUAAUAGAUUUGAUUGAUGAAUUUUUCAACAACACGAGUAGUGAUAAACUAAACUUAUGGAUUUAUGGAUUAAUGAACAGUACAUCAUCAUCGGACAAGACACAAUCAAUCAGAUCAAAAUUGUCAUUUAUUAAAACAUUUAUUGAAUUGACUAAACAACUGAGUUUGGUUUUCCCGAUGAAUUUAAACGGCUUGAAAGAUGUAGGUUUGAACAAUAAUUAUUCCAUAUUGACAGAUAAAUUUAAUCUAAGUUCAAAUUGGCAUCAAUCAAGUUUAUAUGCUACGUUUAUUAAUUCUAUAUGGGGAUUGAAUAAUCAACUUAAGAAUCAAAUCAACAUGACCCAUUUACAAAACGACAUAGUAAAACUCAACCCUAAUCAAAAAAUCAUUAAUCAAAUCAAAUUCAAACAAAAGGAAAAUAAUCACGGUCAUGAACAACAGCAAUUAUUUGGUUCAGAUGUAAAUCAAUUUAAUUUGAAGGAUAUAGUAAAUUUGCAAGAUCUUAAUAGUUUUGGAAAAAGUUCAAAGGCCAGUGAUGCCCAAAGAGAGCUAAACUUAGGAAUAUCAAAGAAUGCAACUAUCGAUACUGGUAGUGAUACUUAUCAUAAUUUCGUUCAAAAUAGUAUAUCAGCUUCAACUGCAGAAGAUGUGGGAAUUCUUAGAGAUGAACAAGGACAAAAUGGGAUUGUGAACAAUUAUAUAAAUUCUUAUAUUGACAAUAUAUUUCAAGUUGAAACUUUCCCUGUUGAUAUUUUAAAAUCAUCGUCAUCAAAUACUAUUAAUGUGAUAACUGAAUUCAAUGUCAAUGAUGGAUUGAAACAUUAUUUAAAACCAUAUAUAAAACUAGUUGCAAACGUUAGAAACCAACAUCGUGAAUAUCUAGAUAUUAUUGAAGAUAAAGAAGAAUUGUUAGAGGAUUUGAAUAAUAUAAGUCAAGAAUACUCUUAUGGUUACGAAUCAGAUGAUGAAUAUUAUGAAUGA